GAUUUCGAAAACGACCCGACGCGUUCCGCCGCCGGCGACAACCCAACCGAUCUCUGUCACGAUUCUAUACUAUAACCUUCGUCAAGUUCUCGAACGUAAACUUAACGUGCCUAUCGAAGACCAUUUAGUGCUUGUGAUUUGACUGUUGUGCACCUAAAUAUAUAUAUAUAUUAUUGGAUUUAUUUACCCUCUCAACUGGUCAGGUUCUGAGGGGUAAGGUCAGUAUUCCAAGCGUAAUGACCUGUAGUUAGCGCAAUGGGGGUCACCGACGACUUUGCCCCGAGCUUCACGCAGAAGCCGCAACUGCGGCAAGAGGACGACGGGAACAAGCUGGUUUUCGAAUGUCAGCUACUCGCGUCGCCCAAGCCAGAGAUCAGCUGGUUCAGAAGCGAUGAACAGCUCCAAGAGGACAACAGAACUAAAUUUAAGAUCCAAAGCAUCGCCAACAACAAAUUCCUUGUGGUGCUCGAAUUGGAUGAUGUGAUCGAGACCGAUGCGGGGCUUUACAAAGUUAAGGCCAAAAAUAAGAUGGGCGAGGUGGCCGCAUCCAUCAACCUUAAUUUUAGCCCCGCUGACGAAGAGAAACAGAAACAACCGGACGGUAAAGCGCCAACGUUCGCGCGUAAACCGGCCAUCAGACAAGAAGACGAUGGCAAACGGUUGAUAUUCGAGUGCCGCAUUGAGGCUGAGCCUGUACCCGGGGUGACCUGGUUCCACAAUGCCGUGGAAGUAAAACCCGGAGCAAGACAUAAGUUGACAGUAAGCAAGGAAGGCAAAUCGUACUAUGCCUCGUUGGAAAUCAACAAUGUAACCGUUGAAGAUGCCGGGAAGUACAAGGUUACAGCUAAAAACGAACUCGGCGAAAGCAACGCCACGAUCAGCUUAAAUUUCGACAGCGACGAAGCGCCCGUACCUGAGGACUUUAUCAAACCAACGUUCACGGAAAGACCGGUCAUCAGGCAAUCGGACGAUGGUACCAAAAUCACAUUCGAAUGCAGAUGUGUUGGCAAACCGAAACCAACCAUAGCUUGGUACCAUGGCAAAAAAAUGAUAAAAGAAAGUAGCAGAUAUAAAAUAACGUUAGAAGAGGAUCAAACUCUUUAUCACAUGGCACGACUCGAAAUCAUAGGCGUAGAGAAUUCGGACAGGGGAGAAUAUAGGGCUUUAGCGAAAAACAAGCAUGGUGAAGGUGUAGCGAAAAUAAAUUUAAACUUCGAAGGAGGAGAUAAACCUAAAAUCCCCGAUGGUAAAGCACCAAGGUUCCCUAAAAAGCCUACGAUAAGACAAGAAGGGGACUUAUUGAUAAUGGAAUGUGUGCUUGAGGCUUAUCCAGUCCCAGACAUCACAUGGUUUCAUGGAGACAGAGAAAUUAAAGACGGUCCAAAAAUGAAGAUGUCUAGAAAAGCAACUGGAAAAGAUACAUUUAACUUAACACUAGAAAUUUUGAGUCCUUCUAAAGAAGACGGGGGAAACUAUAGGUGUAAUGCCUUCAACUUGUUUGGUGAGAGCAAUGCCAACAUUGCUCUAAAUUUCCAAGGUGGGGAUGAUGAGAACGGUUUCGCACCGUCGUUCGUGGAGAAACCCCGAAUCAUUCCCAAUGAAGAUGGUACACUCAUUACGAUGCGUUGUGUCUGCAAAGCCAAGCCGGCGGCCGAAGUAUCGUGGUACAGGGGUACGACGGUCAUCAAGGCUAGUAGUAAAAUUGAAAUCAAAUCUAGUAAAAUUGAAGAAGAUGUUUAUGAACUGUUAUUGCUUUUAACAAAUCCGACGGCAGCGGAUGGUGGCGCUUACCGCUGUCAUGUCAAGAAUGAAUUUGGUGAAAGCAAUGCUAAUCUCAAUUUGAACAUCGAAGCCGAACCCGAACCGGAGGGAGAAGGCCCGACGUUUGUCGAGAAACCUACCAUUCAGUCCAAGGACAACGGCAAAUUAGUCAUAAUGGGAUGCAAGGUCAAAGCUAGCCCGAGACCGACUAUCGUGUGGUACCACGAGGGUAAAGAAAUCAAGGAAUCAUCGAAAAUUAAGACCAGGAUUGAAGUACACGAAGACAUUUACACAAUUAUCCUAGAACUUAUCGAUCCUGGCAUCGAAGACUCCGGAUUGUAUAAAUGCAAUAUCAAAAAUGAACUUGGAGAGCUCAAUGCGAAUUUAACGCUCAAUAUUGAAAUCAUUCCAGUUAUCAAGGAAAAGCCAAAGAUCAUUAAGAUAGUUAAGAAGAAGACUGUUAUUGUUGAAUGUAAAGUAUUAAGUAAAUUUGCACCUCAAUGUACUUGGUUCAAAGAAGCCAGUGCUGUCAAGGAAGACUCUAGGCAUACUGUGCUAAUUGAACCUGUGAGAGAGGGUGAAUUCGCAGUCAAAUUGGAAAUCUCAAACGUUUCACAAACCGACAAGGGUUCGUAUAAACUCGUUGCUAAGAACGAGAAAGGUGAGGCCACAUCGCAACAAGUUGAAAUCACAGAGAUUCCUGAGGAGAAAGGAGAAAAGCCUCACAUCAUCAAACACCUCAGGAGCUUGGCUAGAAAAGAAAACGAGGAAGCUGAAUUUAUCGCCGUCCUCAAAACAUCAGAUCAGUCAUGUCGAUGCACUUGGUACAAAAACUCCACCGUCAUCAGAGAUACAUCUGAAGUGAACACAUCUUUUGAUGGUACCAACGCUAGACUCAUCAUUAGAAAGGUCUCUUCGAAAUACGUUGCCAACUACAGAGUUGUGAUUAAGAACGAAUACGGCGAAGACGAAUCUAGCGCAGAUUUGACUAUUGUUGAUGAAAAGAAAAAGAAAAAGGAGGAGGAAGAAGAAGAAAUCACUGUUAUCGAAGAGUCUGAAGAAGAAAUGUCGAUCGUGGAAGAGAAAUCAAUAAUUGAAGAAAACCACGUAGAUGAAAAGAAAAAGAACGAAGAAAUAAAAAAGAAAGAAGAAGAAAAAACGACAAUUGAAGAAAAGAAAACAGCAUCCAAAAAAGUGACUAAGAAAGGAGAAAUCACAAUAGAAAAUAACCAAGAGGAAAUGGAGAUUGAAUCUAAAAAGGCUGACUCUAAAGUUGAAUCCAAGAAAAUUGAGACCAAAAAGGAAGAAAUAAGAAAAGCAGAAUUAGAAGCCGAAGAGGCGAAAAAAAUUAUCGAAAAGAAAACAAACAAGACUGAGGAAGAGAAGAAAGCUCUACUUGAAAAACUUGAGAAAAAGAAGCCUGAACCUGAGCCUGAGAAGAAAAUUGAAGGUAUUCCUAAGCUGAAAUCGGUGAAACCCAAGGAAGAACCUGUCGAAACCAAAAAGGAGGUAUCUAAAAAAUCCACAGAAGAAAAGAAAAAAGUGGUUAAAAAGAAGGUUGUUGCUAAAAAAGAGGAGGAUGAAAUCGAGUUCGUCGAUGAUUACGAGCGUCCAGUUCUGGAGAAAUAUGAAAAGAUUACACCGACACCUCUUGCUAAAAAAGCAAAACAGGAUGAUACACCAAAGGGUAAACGUGCAUCAGUUUCGGAAAGCGUUAAAAGUGAUCAAUUCAGUGAAGAUGAACCUUCUAUUGCUGAACCGACCCCUGAGAAAAAAACCAAGGUUGAAUUUAACGAUAAGGUCGACGAAGACAAGGCUGAGCCUAGGAGAUCAAGUAUUAAAAAAGGCAUUCCCAAACCAGAGGAGCCGGUAGAUGAACUAACAAACAUCAAAUUAUCAAAAAAACCAUCUAAACCAAUCGAGGAACCGCUUGAAGAACCACAAGUAGCUAAAACAAAAAAACCAGUCCGAAAGCCGGGUGACACUGACGAAUUCAUUGACGAUUACGAACGGCCAGAGUUGGAGAAAUACGAUAAACUGACGCCAACUCCUUUAGAUAAAACCAAAAAAGUGAACGGAGUUGAUGAGGCUGAUUCGAAAUUCGUGGACGAUUACGAAAAGCCCGAACUUGAGAAAUACGAAAAAGUAGCACCAACACCCAAAGACAAACGUCGAACUAGUGAUACACAGGACGAUGUGGAUAUGAUGAAGGGUAAAAUUAAACCAAAAGAGAAAGAAGAAGAACCGGAAAUGCCUACACUACGCAAACGUCCUGUCCAAAAAGACAAGGAGCAAGAACCAAAACCAGAGGAGAAACCUAAAACAAAAACCAUUAAAAAGGAUGAACCGGAAACCAAAAAACGACCCUCACUCAAAAAGAAGGAGGUUGUCGAGGAAGAGUUUGUCGACGAUUACGAAAGACCAGUCCUCGAGAAAUACGAGAAAAUCACACCCACACCACUCGAGAAAAAGAAAAAGGAGGACAAGAAACUAGAAGAAGAAACACAGUCCACCACGGCAACUAGGCGACGUUCUGUCAAAGACAAAGAGAGUGCUAAACCAGAGGAGGACAAAAAACCAGAUGAAGAAACGCCUUCCGCAACAGCGACUAGGCGGCGAUCUGUCAAAGACAAAGACAAUGACAAACCAGAGCCUAUGGAUGUUGAUGAAAACUUCAGCAUUACCAAACCUAAGACUCCGGCUAAGCCUGGACAAGAACCUGAAACAUCACUUACACACAAAACACCGGCUGAAAUUAAGCCUACGGAAGACGAGGCUGAAGCCAAACUCCACGUUAAGAAACCAGAGAUCAUUGAAGAAAAAACACUUAAGAGACCUUCACCUAAAGAUAAAGAACCUAAGGGAGACGACACAGAGGAGGCUGUCAGUCUCAGCAAACCGCGCAAAAAGACAAGCACGACUGCUCCCGAAGAGGCGCAGCUCACACAAAAGACUCCUGCUAAGAAAAAACUAACGGAGGGUGCUGAAGCAGCAACGUUAAAGGUCAAAAAACCUGCUGUUGUCAAGAAAGAUGACGACCAAGAGUAUGAGCUUGACUUUGUGGAUGACUAUGAGAGACCUGUACUGGAGAAAUAUGAAAAGAUUAGCCCGACACCAAUUGUCAGGGAGAAGAAAGAAAAAGAAACCAAGGUGGCAAUGUCUGCACAACAAGCACAGCAUCUUGAAGUAAAGACUGAAAGCAGAAGAACUUCGAUUCAAAGCGAGGUUAAGGAAGAAACAAAAUCAGAAAGUCGCAGAAGUUCUAUCAUCGAAAACAAAGCUGUUAAGCUCACAAAAGAAACUGCCGAAUCUAGAAAAUCUUCUAUUUCUUCUGUGGCUGAACAACAAGAAGUUUCUACACUGAAAAAAUCUUCAGCGCAAAGGACGAGCAUUAAAGCAGCAGAAGCCAGUGAAGUGGAGCAAAUAAAACUAAAAGAUGACGUUACAAUGAGAGUUGAAGAAAAGACAGAAUCUGAUGAUAAACCUACAGAUAAAACAUAUCCAUGGCGACGCACAAAAACAGACACACAGGAACCGAAAGAAGGUAUUGAACCGAAACGUAAAGAGAGCUUAGAGAGUCAAGAGCAAGUCCCGAAACGCCGACAAAGUAAAACGGAGGAAAACGAAACAGUUGAAGAAGUCGAAAAGCCUAAGCCAAAACGAAAAUUAUCCACGCAACGUGUGCGUCCCAAAAAUUGUUCAAAGAAAGCAAACGAGGAAAACGAGAGUAUUGAGGAGAUAGAAGUCAUAGAGAAAACUACUAAGCCAGAGGAGUUAAUUGACAAACAGACAGAUACAAAACCUAAACGUAAACCUAGUGCAACCGAUGAGAACAAAGAAAAUAUACCAGAAAACAAACUAACUGAAAAAACAGAUGUAAAACGUCAAGUUUCUAUUGAUGAACCGUUAGAAACUGCUUCCUCUUCACGUUUACCGAGUCAAGUUGCUGAGGAUGGCGAUGAUAAGAUAGUUGAACAUAAGCAAUCAAAAAGGCGUGUUUCAGUAGAUAGACCGACAGAGCCAACCUAUCCUUGGCGUCGACCCAGUAGGGCUGAUGAGGAUUACGAGAUGAUAGAUAUUAGUAAUCGACAAGAACCAAAGACUCCUAUUGAAUCUAAUGAUUUCCAAACACCUUCAGAUGAGCUCAUUAAAACUGAGGAAGAGAAAAACAGACCCGAAUUAUCUGAAAAACCGAAAGAUGAAAUAAAAGAGUCGAUUGAACAACCUAAAUAUCCUUGGCAACGACCCAAAAAAGCUGUCGAGGUAAAGAAAGAAACAGAGGCUACUGAUAAAUCAAACGACGAAAAGAAAUCGCCAAAUCAGCCAAAGUACCCGUGGCAAAAGCCCAAGAAAGUUGACGAGGAGCCGGAAGCUACUAAACAAGUACCACAAACAAAAACAGACGUCACAGAAAAUACGAAGGGUGAUACUACAGAUGGAAAAGACGAACCUAAGCCAGCUACAUUAGGAAUACCACAGCCUGCUUUUAUCAGUCCCGAAACACCUAAAGAGAAAGUGGCUGUAAAAGAAGAAAAAAUCGAGGAAGAAGCAAAGAAGGCUAAGUUGUCAUCUGUCAAAAAGAAGGCCGAAGAACUUCCCGAAAUUCCAGAUUACGAGAGACCUGAUCUUGAACAAUACGAAAAAAUUUCGCCGACACCAACUACAAGAGACAAACCGGACAAAGAUAAGCCGGUUCCUCAGGUACCUGAAAUAAAGGCACCUGAAGAGAAGCCAGCUGCACCCAAAAUUGAGGUUAUCCGUGAGAAAUCGCCGAAACCAGAAAUGCCCAGGAAACCGUCAUUGGUGCCGGGCGCCCCAGUGGGUAGACGUGGUUCCCUAAUUCCUCCACCCGAGGAAAUGGGAAGACGUCCUUCUCUCAUUAUAAGCGACGAGGAGAAUAGAAAACUAAGACCUGGUGAGGUGAUUGAAGAGAAGAAGCGGCGAAAGUCCGGAGAUGCAAGAAGGCCUUCACUACAAGAGCUGGAGGACCUGAUUAACAAGCCUUCAAUACCAUUGAAGCCUAUCGGAAAUGGAGGUCCGCCAGCCAUUGUUAUGGUAGAAGAAAAUUACUCUGCUAUUGAAGAUCAAACUGGCUACAUUACCAUACAAGUCGAAGGCAACCCGGCGCCAACGUUCAAGUUCUACAAGGGAGUAUCUGAAAUCAUCGAGGGAGGACGUUUCAAGUUUGUUACGGACGGUGAAACCGGUCUUAUUACUUUGUGCAUAAGGAAAGUGAAGCCCCACGAUGAAGGAAAAUACAAAGCUGUCGUCAGCAACAUCCAUGGCGAGGAUAGUGCUGAGAUGCAAUUUUAUGUAUCUGAUGCCAGUGGUAUGGACUUCCGAGCCAUGCUUAAAAGAAGAAAGUAUGCUAAAUGGGGAGAAAAGAAAGAAGAUCCAGAUUGGGGAGAUCUCAAAGAAACUGAGAAACCUAUCCCCCCCCUCAAAAAAGUGGAAAAGGGUUUAGAAACGGGAUACUAUGAAGAUGACGGCUUCAUUGUAGUAAUUUCUGAGGGAGUCGAGAUGAGUAGAUUCCCAGCUGAUCGAAGGAGGCAUUCUUCAAAUUGGUCCUGGUUUAAGGGUGUCUAUGAAAUAAGGCGACGUAUGUCUUUGCCUGAAAUUGUGCCCGACUGGCCCAUUUUGAUGGAGGCUGUUAAAAUAAAGAAACAAGAGUCGUUCUUGAAGCCACUCGUGGAUCAAAAUGUUAAGGAGGGCAAGGAUAAGAAGGUGGUCUUCGAAGCCAUCUUCACUAAGCCUAAUUCGAAACCGAAAUGGUUGUUCCGUAAAGACGAAUUAUUCCCUAGUACAAAAUAUAAGAUAGUAAACGAACAAGAUUCCUACAAACUCAUUAUCAUGAAUCCUAAAGUUGACGAUACUGGAAAGAUCACAUUGGAAAUCGGCGGCGUUUCAUGCUCUGCCUUCCUGCACGUUGAUGAACCGGACCCCACUUAUACCUUCACGAAACCUUUGAAAAAGAACACCAGUGGCUACACUAAGCACGAAGUGUUACUUGAGUGUGCCGUAUCCAACAGUUUGGCUAUCGUUUCCUGGUGGAAAGGAGACCAGAAACUGGAAGACGGUGACGAGUACCAAAUCUCAAAGGACUUGUCCGGUGUCUGCAAGCUUAUCAUCAAAAAUGCCAAGUUCGAUCAUGCUGGCAAAUACACUUGCAGGAUUGAGAAGCAACCAGACAAAACGGAGACUGAUGUCAAGAUCGUAGAAUACCCAUACAAAUUCACCAAGGUAUUAAAAUCACAACAAGCCAUCGAAAAGGACACCAUCACGCUGCUCUGUGAGCUAGAUGACGCGAGUGGUGAUGUGAAAUGGUUCAAGAACAAUGAGCCUCUGAAACCAGACAAGCGAAUUUCAAUUGUGAAAGAAGGUCGCAAGCGGAAGGUUAUCAUAAAGGACGCCAAGGUCACAGACGCUGGACACUUCAAGUGUACCACUAACGCUGACGAGACUCAGUGCGAACUUAUUGUCAAUUACGCGAAUCGGUUCAACAAGAAGCUGAAAGACACAGAAGCUAUUGAGAGAGAUAGGGUCGUCCUCGAAGUCGAGCUGCAAGAUCAAACAGCAGAAGCAGUUUGGUCGUUCAACGGACAACCAAUCGUACCCAAUGAGAGAAUUGAAAUAAAAAAUCUGGGCGGUGGCAAACACCAACUAAUCUUCAACAAACUAGAGAUGGAAGACGACGGUGAAAUCUUGUGCGAAUCUGGCAAGCUGACCUCUUCUUGUAAAUUGACUGUGAAGAAGGGUGAAUCCAAACCUGCCAUCGAAUGUCCUGAUGAAUUCAAUGGUCCUGCUGGACAUCCCUUCGUCAUUGAGGUGCCUUAUAAAGUUACUGGUACCCGACAAACACCAAUUGAAGCGAAAUUAUGGAAAGACGGAAAAGCCUUACCAGCCAAAGAAGUCGAGGUUGUUGUUGAACAAGAAAAGGUUCUCUUCAAAUUUAAGAAGCCGUCACGCGAAGGAUCAGGAAAAUACCAGAUCAAAUUGUCGAACGCCCAGGGUGAAGACUCUAAAGAUGUUAAUAUCACCAUGCAGAGCGCGCCUACAGCUCCGCAAGAUGUAGAAGUAUCAGAGGUCUUCCAAACUUCUUGCGUUGUUGCGUGGAAAACUCCACAGGAUGACGGUGGUUCACCAAUCAUCAAAUACGUUAUCGAGAGACAGGAUAUGUCUCUCAAAGCCGGUUGGGACAAUGUGGCUGAAGUACCAUACGGUGAACCAACUAAGUUCAAGGUAGAAGACCUCAUCCCCAAGAAGACGUACAAAUUUAGAAUCCGUGCUGUUAACAAGAUUGGUUCAAGCGAACCCGGUCUCUUCUCCAAACCCGUUUUGGCCAAGGAUCCUUGGGAUGAGCCAUCGAAACCUAAAAACGUGGAACUCACUGACUGGGACAAGGAUCACGCAGACCUUAAGUGGCAGAAACCUGAGAACGAUGGCGGUGCUCCCAUCACCGGCUACGUCAUUGAGUAUAAGGAGAAAUUCGGCAAAGACUGGGUUACCGGUAAGGAGGUGCCCGGCGAUUGCUUAGCUGCCACGCAGGAUGGAUUGAAGGAAGGUUGCACAUACGAAUUCAGGGUCCGAGCGAUCAACAAAGCCGGCCCCGGUGAACCAAGUGACGCUACCAAACCCAUCAUUGCUAAAUGCCGAUUUGUCAAACCUUAUAUUAUCGGUGAGGGUCUUCAGAACAUGAUAAUCAAGAAGGGACAGGUGAUAAGUUUCGAUAUUAAAUACGGCGGUGAACCUGAACCGGAGGUCAAAUGGAUGAAGGGAGAAGAGAAACGCGGCAAGCCGUACACGGAGAAGGAAAUUCGGGACGAUGGAGACCGUAUCACCAUUGACAAGUACGAGAGGAACACGGUCCUGACGGUCAGAAAGACCACCAGACCAGACAGUGGCAAAUACAAAUUGGUAUUGACCAACUCUUCGGGAACAUGCGAGAGUAUUGCUGAUGUUGUCGUGCUUGACAAACCGAACAGGCCUAAUGGUCCAAUUGAGGUGGUUGACAUUCGUGCCGAGAAAGCAACUGUCAAAUGGCAGAAACCUGAUGACUGGCAAGGGUCCGACAUCACCGGAUACACUCUUGAGAAAAUGGAUAUGGAUACUGGAAACUGGGUACCUUGUGGUGAGACUGGACCUGAACCAACAGAAUUCACAGUGAAGGGUCUCACACCUAACCAUAAGUACAAAUUUAGAGUCCGUGCAGUCAAUAAGGAAGGAGAAUCUGAACCUCUAGAAACUGACGGAUUCAUUGUCGCCAAAAAUCCGUAUGACCCACCAAAGGCGCCUGGAAAGCCGACAAUCGUCGAUUACGACAAUAUGUCUGUAACUUUACAAUGGGAACCUCCAAGCGACAACGGCGGCAGACCCGUAUUGGGAUACGUAGUAGAAAUGAAGGAUAAAUUUGCUCCUGAUUGGAUUGAGGUUGUCAAGACGAAUGAUACAAAGACCGAAUACAAGGUAGAAGGUCUCAAAGAAAAGAUGGUUUACCAGUUCCGUGUCAAAGCUUACAACAAAGCUGGAGUUGGUGACGCUUCAGAGCCCACUGACAACCAUCUUUGUAAACAUAAGAACCUCAAGCCACGCAUCGAGCGCAGUACAUUCAAGUCUGUUAUCAUCAAGGCUGGUCGUACUCACAAAUGGUCUGUGGAUGUCAUUGGUGAACCUCCACCAGAGACCACCUGGUCUUGGCGGGACAACAUUAAGCUGGUGAACACAGAACGCAUCAAGAUUGAGAAUCGCGAUUACCACACUGAUUUCACGAUCGUGAACGCAGUGCGCCGCGACACCGGCAAGUACACGCUCCGCGCCGAGAACUGCAACGGCUCCGACGAGGAGACAGUCGAGCUCACCGUCCUCAGCAAGCCGAGCUCGCCCAAAGGACCUUUGGAGGUUACGGAUAUCCACGCCGAAGGCUGCAAGGUCAAAUGGGAGAAGCCGGAAGACGACGGUGGCUCGCCGGUCAAGGAGUACGAAAUCGAGAAGAUGGAUCUCGCUACCGGCAAAUGGGUCAGAGUCGGAAGAGUCGCCGGCGACAAGAAGCCUCUGGAAAUGGACAUCACUGGGCUGGAGCCAGGUCACCAGUACAAGUUCAGGGUUACUGCUGUCAAUGACGAAGGCGACUCUGAGCCCCUGGAAGCCGAGCGGGCUAUACUCGCUAAGAAUCCGUUCGAUGUGUCCGAGAAGCCGAUGAACGUGGAAGUCGCCGACCACGACAACCAGAGCGCCGAGAUCAAAUGGGAGCCGCCCAAGUCCGACGGCGGUGCGCCCGUGCAGAAGUACAUCAUACAGAAGAAGCCCAAGGGCGGAGACUGGGAGAACGCUGUUGAGGUGCCCGGUACGCAGACGUCAGGAAAAGUGGAGGGUCUACCCGAAGGCAGCGAAUUCCAGUUCCGCGUGAUCGCUGUCAACAAGGCCGGACAGUCUGAGCCUUCAGAGCCCACCAAGAUGACCACCAUUCGGCACAAGGCCUUGAAACCGCGCAUCGACCGCACCAACCUGAAAGCUUUGGCCGUGAAGGCGGGCAAGCCUAUAUUCUUCGACGUGAAUGUUAGGGGAGAACCAGCGCCAAAGGUGCAAUGGUUCCAGAAGUGGAAGAACGAAGAGAAAGAGGUCACGGCCAACGUUAUAAACGUGGACUACAACACGAAACUGGACAUCAAGGAGUCGGUCCGCGCCAUGACCGGCACGUACCGCAUCGUGGCAACCAACGAGCACGGCAAGGACGAGGCCGAGGUGGAGAUCACGGUGCUGUCCUCGCCCAGCAAGCCCGGCGGCCCGCUCAAGGUCUCCGACGUCACCAAGAACGGCUGCAAACUGCAGUGGAAGAAGCCGGAAGAUGACGGCGGCAAACCUGUCACCGGCUACAUGGUCGAGAAGCUCAACAAAGCGACAGGCCGAUGGGUGCCGGUCGGCAAGACCGACGACACGGAGAUGGACAUCAAGGGUCUCCAGGAGGGCGAGGAGUACGAGUUCAGGGUCAAAGCGAUCAACGACGAGGGAGAAUCUGAACCGCUCAAGACCGACCAUUCGAUCAUCGCUAAGAAUCCUUAUGACAUACCUGGAAAGCCUUCGGUGCCGACACUCGAGGACUGGGACGUGGAUCGCGUGGACCUCAAAUGGGAGGCGCCGAAGAACAACGGCGGAGCUCCCAUCACCGGCUACAUCAUUGAGAAGAAAGAGAAAUACGGGCAGUGGCAGGAAGCUCUAGUCACAACGACGCCAGAAUGCAAGGCCCGCGUUCCGGAUCUGAAGGAAGGCAACGUGUACCAGUUCCGGGUUCGAGCCGUGAACAAGGCGGGCCCCGGCGAGCCCGGCGACGCCACGCAGCCGCACACCGCCAAGGCGCGCUUCUUGAAGCCUUACAUCAACCGCGACAAGAUGGUCGCCAUCCGCGUCCGCGCCGGCGCCACCAUCAAACUAGACGUCGACAUCAGAGGGGAACCGCCUCCGACCAAGACUUGGACUUUCGCUAAGAAGGUCCUGGAAACCGGAGCCGGCAUCAAGAUCGAGAACGAAGACUACAACACUAAAAUGCAGAUAUUCGACUCCUCGUGGAAGAACAGUGGCAUCUACACCCUGAAAGCGGAGAACGAUUCGGGCGUCGACGAAGCCACAGUCGAGGUCACCGUCUUAGACAAACCUGGCAAGCCCGAAGGUCCGCUGGAGGUGUCCGACGUCCACGCCGAGCACGUGAAGCUGAGCUGGAACAAGCCCAAGCACACGGGAGGGCUGCCGCUCAGCGCCUACGUGGUCGAGAAGAUGGACACCCUCACCGGGAAGUGGGUGCCGGCCGGUACCGUGCAGCCCGACACCACCGAGGCCACGGUUACAGGCCUCGAACCUGGUCACACGUACCAGUUCCGCGUGAAGGCUGUGAACGAGGAGGGAGAGUCGGAGCCGCUGGAGACCGACCACGGCGUGCUCGCCAAGAACCCGUACGACGUGCCCGCGCCCCCCGGCCUGCCGGACGUCGUCGACUGGGACGAGAAGUCCGUCAAGCUUAAAUGGGAGCCGCCCAUCCGGGACAACGGGGCGCCCAUCACCGGCUACAUCAUCGAGCUCAUGGACAGAGACAGGGGCGAGUUCGUUAAGGCCGCCGAAAUCCACGGCAACGUCUGCCAGGGUACAGUACCCAAGCUGGAAGAGGGCAACCAGUACCAGUUCAGGGUACGAGCCCUCAACAAGGCGGGACAGUCUGAACCCUCAGAGAAUACUAACUGGCACACGGCUAAGCCUAGAUUCUUGAAGCCGCGUAUCGACCGCACGAACCUGGGCGCGGUGACGGUGAAGGCGGGCCUGCCCGUGUCGCUCGACGUCAAGGUCUUCGGGGAACCCCCGGCCACCGUCACCUGGCACUACAAGGGCGAAGAGUUAAAGAACAGGGAAAACCUCGAGAUAAUAAACGUGGACUACAACACGAAGUUCCUGAUGACGAAGAGCAAGCGCGCCAACAGCGGCGUUUACGUCAUCAAGGCGAAAAACGAAGUGGGAGAGGACGAGGCUGAAGUUGAAAUCACUGUGCUGGGUAAACCGUCCAAGCCUAAAGGCCCACUUGACGUGUCCGAUAUCACGAAGAACGGCUGCACGUUGACGUGGAAGAAGCCGGAAGACGACGGCGGCUCUCCCAUCGAGUACUACGAGAUCGAGAAACUCGAUCCGCUCACUGGACAAUGGAUUCCGUGCGGUACAGCCAAAGACACGAAGGCCAACAUCGCGGGCUUGCAGGAAGGUAAACCUUACAAGUUCCGAGUUAAGGCCGUGAAUAAGGAAGGCGAAUCCGAGGAACUCGAAACCGAGAAACCGAUUAUCGCCAAGAAUCCCUUCGACGAGCCCGGCAAGCCUGGACGUCCCGAGCCUAGGAACUGGGACAAGGACUUUGUGGAACUCGAAUGGUCCGCGCCCAAGGACGACGGAGGCGCCCCCAUCACCGGCUACAUCGUGCAGAAACGAGAAAAGGGAGGGAGAUCCUGGCAGGACUGUCUCAAGACGACCGGCGACAGGCCCACGGGCCGCGUCACCGACGUCGAAGAGGGACACGAAUACGAGUUCAGGGUUAUCGCUCUCAACAAAGCUGGUCCUUCAGAACCUUCAGAGCCUAGCAAGUCUGUUAUUGCUAAGCCUAGAUUCCUGAAACCGCACAUCGACCGUAAGAAUCUUCAAAAGAAGAAGAUCAAGGUCGGCCAGCCCCUCAAGAUGGAAGCCGAUGUCAAAGGCGAACCAGAACCCACAAUCACCUGGACCUUCAACGAUCAGACCCUCAAGACGGCAGAUCGCGUGACCAUCGAGAACAAGGACUAUCACACUUCGUUCAUCAAACAGAAGAUGGCCAGGGCUGACGCCGGAAAGUAUGUCGUCACAGCCAAGAACGAUUCGGGAACUGACACCGUGGAAGUGGAGGUCGAGGUCGUCAGCAAACCCUCGAAGCCGAAGGGACCGUUGAAGGUGUCGGACGUGAAGGCCGACGGCUGCAAGCUGAAGUGGGAGCCGCCGGAAGACGACGGCGGCGAGCCCAUCGAGAGCUACGUCGUGGAGCGCAUGGACACGGACUCCGGACGAUGGGUCCCUGUCUGCACCACCAAGACCCCAGAAGCUGACGUCACCGGCCUCAACGAAGGCAAAGACUAUAUGUUCAGGGUGAAAGCGGUCAACCCUGAGGGCGAGAGCGAGCCGCUCGUCACCGAGUCCGCCACCACAGCCAAGAACCCAUAUGGCGAGCCCGACUCUCCCGGCAAGCCAGAGUUCAAGGACUGGAGCAAGGAGCAUGUGGACCUCAAGUGGGAGAAGCCGGCCAACGACGGCGGGGCUCCCAUCACCGCAUACAUCGUCGAGAAGAAGGACAGGGACACCGGCAAAUGGGUUAAGGCGGUCGAGGUGCCGGGCAACAAGACGGAGGCCCGGGUGCCGGACCUCAUCGAGGGCAAACAGUAUCAGUUCCGUGUGAAGGCCGUGAACAAGGCCGGGCCCGGCAAACCUUCUGCCGCCACUGAUAACCUCCUGAUCAAGGACAGAUUCGCCCCGCCGAAGAUCGACCGCACCAACAUGCGCGACAUCACCAUCAAGGCCGGGCAGCACAUCAGGCUGGACGUCAAGGUCAGCGGAGAGCCGCCGCCGACCAAGACUUGGUUCCACAACAAGGAGAGGUUGUCUACAAGGGACGACCUCUCAGUGGACGUAGAGGACUACAAGACGAAGCUCUCUGUGGUGAUAGCUUCCCGCAAGCACAGCGGAAGCUACACGCUCAAGGCGGAGAACAGCAGCGGCAAGGACGAGGCCACCAUCCAAGUUCACGUUUUGGAUGUCCCCGCUAAGCCCGAGGGACCGCUGAAGAUAUCGGACGUGCACAAGGAAGGUUGCACGCUGAAGUGGAGUCCUCCGCUGGACGACGGCGGCGCGCCCAUCGACCACUACCUCGUCGAGAAGCUGGACACGGAGACCGGGCGCUGGAUGCCGGCCGCCAAGACCAAGGACCCCAAGGCCGAGCUGGAGAACCUCGUCCCCGGACACGAGUACAAGUUCAGAGUGUCCGCCGUCAACAACGAGGGGCAGUCCGAGCCGCUGGAGGCAGAACAUUCGAUCAUCGCUAAAAAUCCGUUUGACGAGCCCGGCAAGCCAGGCACACCUGAGGUGGUGGACUGGGACAAGGACCAUGUGGACCUUAAAUGGGAGAAGCCGGUCAAGGACGGCGGAGCUCCCAUCACUGGGUACAUCAUCGAGAAGCGCGAAGUCGGCUCGCCUAAGUGGGUGAAGGCUUGCGAGGUCGGACCCAACGACAACGACAAGGCCACAGUACCGAACCUGGACGAGGGCACGGAGUACGAGUUCCGUGUCCGCGCGGUCAAUGAGGCCGGCCCGGGCGAGCCCAGCGACGCCAGCAAGAGCGUCGUCUGCAAACCCAGGAGACUGCCCCCCAAGAUCGAUCGUCGCAACCUUCGCACCAUCAAGGUCCGCGAGGGCGAGCCCAUCGCGCUGGACGUGAAGGUCUCCGGCGAGCCCGCCCCCGAGGUCACGUGGACCCUCAACGGAAAGUCCGUCCUCAGUGGAAACGGACUUAAACUGGUGAACGUGCCGUACCUAAGCAAGUAUCAGCACGCGAGUCCGCGCCGCAAGGAUUCCGGCACGUAUAAGAUACAGGCCACCAACAAGUACGGGCAGGACACCGCCGAGCUCGAGAUCAUUGUCACAUCGAAACCCGACAAGCCGGAGGGGCCUCUCGAAGUGUCGGACGUGCACAAGGACGGCUGCACGCUCAAGUGGAAGCGGCCCAAGGACGACGGAGGCGAGCCCAUCGACUCCUACCUCGUCGAGAAGUACGACACCGAGACCGGCGUGUGGCUGCCCGUGGGCAACACCAUCGGCAACGUGCCCGAGAUGGAAGUCGAGGGUCUAACGCCGGGCCACGAGUACAAGUUCCGCGUGAAAGCCAUCAAUAAGGAGGGUGAAUCGGAGCCUCUAGAUACGUACGGAGCUAUUGUCGCUAAGGACCCCUACACCGUACCAGAUGCGCCUUCAGCUCCCGUACCAGACGACUGGUCGGCCAACCACGUGGACCUCAAAUGGGAGGCGCCGCUAUCAGACGGAGGAUCGCCCAUUAUCGGCUACAUCGUCGAGAAGAAAGACAAAUACAGUCCGCUGUGGGAGAAGGCUGUGGAGACCCACACGCCCACACCCACUGCUACUGUAAAUGGGCUGAUCGAAGGCAACGAGUACCAGUUCCGUGUGAUCGCUAUCAACAAGGCUGGUCAGAGCAAACCCUCGGACUCUUCUAAGAACUUCGUGGCGAAGGCUCGCUUCCUGGCUCCGAAGAUCGACAGGAGACACCUCCGUGACGUCACUCUGUCCGCCGGAGCUACACUCAAGCUGGAGGCCGCCGUCGCAGGAGAACCAGCUCCAGCUGUUGAAUGGAGAUACCAAAAUAUGCCUCUGCGGCCAUCGAAGGCGGUGACUAUCGACAACCCGGAGUACUUCACGAAGCUGGUGGUGCGGCCGGUGCGGCGCGACGACACCGGCGAGUACACCGUCACCGCGGUCAACUCCAGCGGGAAAGACGCCGUCACCAUCAAUGUCACCGUCACCGACAAGCCCACCAAGCCCGAGGGACCGAUACAGAUCUCGGAUGUCCACAAAGAGGGAGCUACACUCAAAUGGAAGAGGCCCAAGGACGACGGCGGCACUCCCAUCGAGUACUACCAGAUCGACAAGCUCGACACCGACACCGGCUGCUGGGUGCCCUGUGCUAGAUCUGAGGAGCCUAAAUGCGACGUCACCGGCUUGACUCCUGGCAAGGAGUACAAGUUCCGCGUGUCUGCCGUCAAUGCUGAGGGUGAAUCUGAACCGCUGGUGACAGACCACGCCAUCGUCGCCAAGAAUCCGUUCGACGAACCUGGCGCACCCGGAACGCCAACCGUUACCGACUGGGACAAGGACCACGUGGACCUCAAAUGGACCCCACCACGCGAAGACGGCGGCGCUCCUGUCGAAGCUUACAUCGUCGAGAAGAAGGACAAGUUCGGCAACUGGGAGAAGGCCGUCGAGGUACCGGCCAGCAAGACCUCCGCCACCGUGCCCGAUCUCAUCGAAGGACAGACCUACGAGUUUAGAGUACGUGCGGUGAACAAGGCCGGGCCAGGCGAGCCCAGCGAUAGCACUCAUCCUAUCGUCGCCAAGCCCAGGAACAUGGCGCCCAAGAUCGACAGGACCAACCUUAUCGAUAUUAAGAUCAAAGUCGGACAGAAAUUCGGAUUUGAUGUUAAGGUAUCCGGAGAACCGAUGCCUGUAACGAAAUGGUUCCUGGUGAAGAAGGAAGUGAAGUCCGGCGGCGACAUGAAGGUGCAGCACACGGACUACAACACGAAGCUGAGCUGCAAGGCGGCCACGCGCGCCGACAGCGGCCGCUACACCGUCACCGCGGAGAACAGCAACGGGAAGGACGUGGCCGAGGUCGAGGUCGUCGUGCUCAGCGUGCCCGCGCCACCCGGUGGACCACUUAAGGUAUCGGACGUUCACGCGAACGGUGCCACGUUGUCGUGGAGGCCGCCGCCCGACGACGGCGGACAGCCCAUCGACAAGUACGUGGUGGAGCGCAUGGACGAGGCCACGGGGCGCUGGGUCACGGCUGGCGAGACCGACGGGCCCGUCACCAGCCUCGCCGUCGACGGCCUGCAGCCCGGGCACAAGUACAAGUUCCGGGUCAGCGCUGUUAACAGGCAAGGCCGUUCCGACCCCCUUACGACCCCGCACUCCACGGAAGCCAAGAAUCCGUUCGACGUGGCUGGAAAACCUGGCACACCGAAGAUCAAGGACUUCGACAAAGACUUUGUGGAACUGGAAUGGACCAGACCGCAAACCGAUGGAGGGGCUCCCAUCACUGGAUAUGUCAUUGAGAAGAAAGAUCGAUUCGCGCCCGACUGGGAAGAAUGCGCAAAGAUCGACGGUGAUGUCACAUCUGGUAAAGUGCCGGACCUCAUUGAAGGCAAUACAUAUGAAUUCCGUGUUCGUGCCGUCAACAAGGCCGGCAAGGGUGAGCCUAGUGACGGCACCGCUCCACACCUGGCCCGUCCCAAGAACCUGCCGCCCAAGAUCGACAGGAACUUCAUGUUCGACAUCAAAGUUAAGGUCGGACAGAACUUCGACCUCGAGGUGCCGGUCGCCGGCGAACCCACUCCGACCAAGGAGUGGCUCCACGGUGACAACGUUGUCCUCAACACCGACAGAAUCAAGAUCGUCAAUGACGACCACAGCACGAAGUUCCGUGUCAUCGAUGCCAAGCGAGCGGACACCGGCACGUACACGCUCAAAGCGAGAAACAUCAACGGUACCGACACCGCUACCGUCAAGGUGCUGGUCAUGGACGUGCCCACCGCUCCCGAGGGACCGCUGCGUGCCGACGACAUCACUAAAUCUGGAUGCACGCUGCGCUGGAGACCACCCAAGGACGACGGUGGUGCCGAAAUCACACACUACGUCGUCGAGAAAAUGGACCAGGAGAACCUGCGCUGGAUCCCUGCCGGCGAGGUACAGGGCUGCAACAUCAGGAUAGAUCACCUCAUCGAAGGACACGACUACAACUUCAGAGUCCGCGCCGUCAACAAACAUGGCGAAUCUCAACCUCUUGUUGGACACGAGCCCAUCACUGCCAAGGAUCCUUAUGGUACCCCCGAUAAGCCCGGAACACCUGUCGUCAAAGACUGGGACAAAGAUCACAUGGACCUGGAAUGGGUGCCACCAAAGAAGGACGGAGGUUCACCCAUUACUGGCUACAUUAUAGAAGCGAAGAAGAAGUAUGGACCUUGGGAAGUGGCAGCAACCGUGCCAGGAAACCAAACCACCGCUACAGUACCUGGCUUACAAGAAGGCGAGGAAUACGAGUUCAGAGUAAUCGCUGUUAACAAGGCCGGCAAUGGAGAACCUAGCGAUGGGUCCACUCCACAAGUCGCUAAGGCCAGGUUCUGUGCCCCACACUUCGAUAAGAUGCUACUCGCAGAUAAGACAGUUAAGGCGGGACAGAGGAUUCAAUACGAGAUCCCUAUCGAAGCUUCGCCUAAACCUACUGUCGAGUGGCAGAUCAACGGUAAAGUCGUCCAUCCUUCGGACAGGGUCGACAUACAACUGCUGCACAACAGGGUCAUACUGGACAUUCCAUUCUCCGUCCGCAGCGACGGAGGCGUUUAUAAACUGACCCUCAAGAACGACCUCGGAGUCUGCUCGGCGACUGCGCAAGUCACAGUGCUGGACAAACCCUCGAGACCGGAGAAGCCGUUGACCGUUUCCGAUAUCACGAAAGACUCUUGCUCGUUAUCGUGGAGAGUGCCUCUGGACGACGGAGGUUCGCCGAUCUUACAUUACGUCAUAGAAAAGAUGGACCUGACCCGCGGCACUUGGUCGGACGCUGGAAUGAGCACAUUCCUGUCGCACCAGGUCACUAGAUUAAUUCACAAGAAAGAGUAUUUGUUCAGAGUGAGCGCCGUGAAUGCCAUCGGACAAUCUGAACCUCUUGAACUGGAGAGAGCUAUCGUCGCCAAGAACGAAUUCGACGAGCCCACCGCGCCUGGCAAACCUGAAGCCACAGACUGGAGCAAGAAUCACGUCGACCUACAAUGGGCUGCGCCUAAAUCGGACGGAGGAUCGCCGAUUACUGGCUACAUCAUUCAGAAGAAAGAAAAGGGAAGCCCGUACUGGGUGAACGCUGUGCAUGUACCACCCAGCAAGACCAAAGCCACCGUGCCCGACUUAACCGAGGGUCAAGAUUACGAGUUCAGAGUGAUCGCCGUCAAUCAAGCCGGUCAGUCCGAGCCUAGCGAGCCCUCUGACGUCAUCACCGCCAAGGACAGGUUCGUCGCACCCAAGAUCCUUACUCCCCUCAAGGAGAUCCGCAUCAAGGCCGGUCUUAUCUUCCACUUCGACGUGGACUUUAUCGGGGAACCUACUCCCGAGGUCACAUGGACGUGUGACGGUAAACCUGUUGUAACUAACGAAAGAACAACGGUUACGUCUGUCGGCCACCACACCAUUAUCCACACGGUUAACUGCAAACGCUCCGAGGCUGGUACAUACCAUCUGAAAUUGAAGAACGAUUCCGGUACCGACGAAGGCUCCUUCGAAUUGAUAGUGCUCGAUGUGCCGGGAGCUCCCCAGCCUCCGUUCACUUACGAGGAAAUCACAGCACAAUCGGUUACUUUGUCAUGGAAACCUCCCAAAGAUAAUGGCGGCAGUGAACUCACAGCCUACGUCAUUGAGAAACGAGACCUCAGUCACGGCGGCGGCUGGGUGCCGGCGGUCACGUACGUCAACCCGAAGUACAACCACGCUACUGUCCCCAGGCUCUCGGAGGGCACACAGUACGAGUUCAGAGUAUUCGCUGAAAACUUGCAAGGACGCUCCGAACCUUUGGUCACAGAUAAGCCUAUUGUCGCCAAAAACCAGUACACGGUGCCUGGUAAACCCGGGAAACCUGAGCUCGUCUCUGCAGACAAAGAUCACAUCAAGGUCAGAUGGUCUUCGCCUAUUUCGAACGGUGGAUCUAACAUUCUCGGCUAUGAUGUUGAAAGGAGAGACAAGGCCACUGGCCGCUGGAUCAAACUAAACAAGGAACCCGUGAGGUUCAAUGAAUACCAAGACGAUAGAGUGCAAGAAGGUCACCAGUAUGAGUACAGAGUGUCCGCCGUUAAUGCAGCAGGACCUGGACAACCUUCUGAUGAAUCUAACGUGUUCAUCGCGAAGCCCAUGAAGGAGAAACCCAAACUCUGGCUUGAUCACCUGAUCGGCAAGAAGAUCAAGGUUCGCGCCGGUGAACCAAUCAACAUUAACAUUCCAAUCACCGGCGCUCCCACGCCGACCAUCUCGUGGACUAAGGGCUCCGUUCCUCUUGUGCCAUCGCACAGAUUAUCAGCUGAAACCAAGAACGAUGAGACUAAACUGUCUAUCGAGAAAUCAACAAGAGAAGACGCCGGAAAAUACACAAUUUCCGCGUCUAACGCACACGGCAAUGAUUCAGCGGACAUCGAAGUCAUCGUCGUAGAUAAACCGGGAGUACCGAAAGGUCCUCUCAUGUGCAACCCCGUUACGCACGACGCCAUCAGCCUCACGUGGCAGCCUCCCACCGACGACGGCGGCAGCGAGAUCACCGGCUACGUCGUUGAAGUCGCCGAAUUUGGUGUCAACGAUUGGCGCACCGUGGCCGGAUUCUGCCCUAAAUGUUCGUUCACUGUGAAGAACUUAACCGAAGGCAAGAAGUACGUAUUCAGAGUGCGCGCCGAGAAUCUGUACGGCCUCUCCGAUCCUCUGGAGAGCAAACCGAUCAUUGCCAAGUCGCCGUUCGAUCCGCCCGACGCGCCGGACACGCCGAAGGUCACCGGGUACAGCUCGAACAGCUGCUCACUGGAAUGGCACCCGCCCGCGAACUGUGGAGGCAAGCCUGUCACCGGGUACUAUGUCGAAAAGAGGGAACGCGGUGGGGACUGGGUAAAGGUCAACAACUACCCCACUCCCAAUACGUGCUAUACCGUUUCGGACUUGCGGGAAGGAAACAAGUAUGAGUUCCGUGUGAUCGCCGUCAACGAGGCUGGACCCGGGAAACCGAGCAAGCCUACCGAGCCGAUCACUGCUCAAACACAGCGACUCAAGCCUAGCGCUCCUGAAGCGCCGAAACCGGACAGAAUCACUAAAGAUUCCGUCACUUUAUCCUGGAGACCACCUAAAAGCGACGGUGGAGCUAAGAUUAAGGGCUACAUCGUACAGCAAAAGGGCAAGGGUGACAAAGACUGGAAGGACGUCAAUGACGUACCUAUUCCGAGCCUCGUACAUACUGUACCGAAACUCAAGGAAGGAGAAGAAUACCAGUUCAGGGUUAUCGCCGUUAACGAAGUCGGUAAAUCGGAGCCAAGUAAACCUACCGCUGACAUUACCAUCGCCGAACAACCAAACAAGCCUUGUAUGGACCUGGGCGGCGUCAGAGACAUCACGGUGCGCGCCGGAGAAGACUUCUCCAUUCACGUGCCGUACACUGGGUUCCCACAGCCGACCGCGCAAUGGUUCGCUGACGACAACCUGCUCGAUGUCGAAGGCGACUCGAGAAUUUUCCAAAAGAUUACACCCGACUCGGCAUCUCUGGUCGUCAAGAACGCUAAGAGAUCCGACGGAGGACAAUACCGCCUGCAGCUGCGUAAUCCCUCUGGAUAUGACACAGCCACGAUUAACGUCAGAGUGUUGGACCGACCCGGAAAACCGGAGAACUUGCGCGCUGACGAAUUCGAAGGCGAAGCUCUCACGCUGUACUGGAACCCACCGAAAGAGAACGGCGGCGGUGAAAUUACCAACUACGUCGUCGAGAAACGCGAGGCGCGCACGCCGAACUGGACCAAGGUGUCCGGCUACGUCACGACUCCGUUCCUGCGCGUCAAAAACCUGACUGUCGGGAAGAGCUACGAGUUCAGAGUUAUGGCCGAAAACCAGUACGGACAGUCGGACCCGGCGCAAACAACUGAACCGAUCAGGGCCAGACAUCCGUUCGACCCGCCCGGCCCGCCCGGCGUGCCGAAGUCGGUUGAAACCAGCGAAACUUCUAUCACCAUUACUUGGACCAAACCACGCCACGACGGCGGCUCCCCUAUCACGGGUUACAUAGUAGAGAAGCGUCUCAUCACGGAGGAUAAGUGGACCAAGGCAUGCCACGCGCACGUGCCCGACACGACCUUGAAGGUUACCGGUUUGAUCGAGAACCACGAGUACGAAUUCCGUGUGUCCGCUGUGAACGCGGCGGGCCAGGGUCCCUGGUCGCAGAGCUCGGACGCCAUCCGCGCGCGGGCGCCGCCCAACUCGCCGCGCAUCACCAGCGACCUCAGCCUCAGGGACAUCACUGUCAUCGCCGGGGAGGAGAUCAAGAUCACCGUGCCCUUCACUGGCAACCCAAGACCUAAGGUGUCAUGGAUAGUGAACAACGACGAAGUAUUCCCGGACAAUCGUAUCCGCUUCGUGACGACGGACAUCGACACAGUGUUCUACAACUCGUGCGCCAAGCGUACCGACACCGGCUCCUACACUAUUCAACUGGUCAACAGCGAGGGCUCGGACAGCGCCACUUGCAGGGUACUCGUAGUUGACAAACCGACCCCGCCCGUGGGACCGCUGGACGCGUACGACAUCACGCCCGACACGUGCACGUUGUCAUGGAAACCGCCACUAGACGACGGCGGCUCUCCCAUCACCAACUACGUCGUCGAGAAAAUGGACAAUAACGGAAUCUGGACGAAAAUAUCAUCGUUCGUUCGCAACUGUCACUACAACGUCAUGGGCCUGGAACCGAACAGGAAAUACUUGUUCAGGGUACGCGCCGAAAAUCAAUAUGGCGUAUCGGAACCUUUGACAAUGGACGACUCUAUUACGGCCAAGUUCCCGUUCACGAUCCCCGAGCCGCCGGGAGCGCCGCGCGUCACGGACUGGGACGGCUCCACGGCGACCGUGCUGUGGGACCGGCCGCGCUCGGACGGCGGCUCCCGCAUCCAGGGCUACAAGAUCGAGUACAGGGACGUGCAGGACGGAGUCUGGAACAGCGCUGACUAUCUCGUUAAGGAUUGUAAUUACCAGGCGUACAACUUGGAGCCGGGCCACGAGUACGAGUUCCGCGUGCGCGCCAAGAACGCGGCCGGCUUCAGCAAGUACUCGGGCUCGUCGCAGCGGUUCCGCGUGCGGGCGCGCUGCGGGCCCCCCGCGCCCCCCACCGCGCCGCGCGUGCUGCGCGUCGGCAGGAACUACGUCGACCUCAGCUGGGACCCGCCCAAGCACGACGGAGGUUCUCGCGUGACCGGCUACGUGAUCGAGCGGCGCGACGUGGGCAGCUCGGUGUGGGUGAAGUGCAACGACUACAACGUGCAGGACACGACCUUCACCGCGCUCAACCUCAACGAGAAGGCGGACUACGAGUUCCGCAUCAUCGCCGUCAACGCGGCGGGUAAAUCCGAGCCUUCUUCGUGCACGACUCCCGUACGCACCGGCGAAGAGAUCGGAGGAACGAAGCCGGAGUGGGUGAAGCAGCUGCCGGCCAUCAUGAGCGCCCCGCUCGGCCGCCCCUACACCCUGGAGUGCGUGGCGAGCGGGAACCCCGUGCCCACGGGUAGAUGGCUCAAGAACGGCAGAGAAAUCGUUCUUGGUACCAGGUUCAUAUCAGAGUCUCGUGAGGGUACACUGAAGCUCAAUAUCCUGGAGGCCGCGGACGCCGACGAGGGUGACUAUACUUGUGAGGCGGUUAAUAACAUUGGCUUCAUCUACUGUACUGGUCACCUUAAGAUUGGAAGUCCACCACGGAUCACCCGAAUGCCUGGCGACCUUCACCUCCCCGAACACGACAACACCAAGAUCAAGAUCCUGUACACGGGAGACCAGCCCGCUGACGUCACGCUGUCCCGGGACGGACACAAUCUCAAGGAGUCGCCGCAUCUCAAGUUCACCGUAUUCGAUGAUUACAUACUUAUAUUCAUCAAGGACAUCACUAAGGACGAUAUGGGCAUAUACAAAGUAUCGAUAAAGAACAACUCUGGCGAGACGUCGGACACGUUCUCCGUGACGGUGACGGGGCUGCCCGGCCCGCCACAGGGACCCCUCGAAGCGUCCGACAUCUCCAAGCACUCCUGCACGCUGGCCUGGAAGCCUCCCACGUACGACGGAGGGAUGCCCGUCACUCACUACGUCAUCGAGCGUAACGACACCUCGGGAACGGCCUGGAUCACCAUCGCCUCCUCCGUCCGGGACACCAAGUUCAUUGUCCAGGGACUCACCGAAGGACACGAGUACAACUUUAGAAUUCACGCGGCGAACGAGAACGGUAUCGGACCAGCUCUGGAAGGCCUCAAUCCGAUUAAGGCUAAAGCACCAUACGAUCCGCCAUCUGCUCCUGGUAUUCCCAAGAUCCUGGAGGUCGGAGGCGACUUCGUCCACUUGGAAUGGGACAAACCAGAAAAUGAUGGAGGUGCUAGGAUUCUAGGCUACUGGGUCGACAAGCGCGAAGUGGGCACAUCGACGUGGCAGCGCGUGAACCCGACGCUGUGCCUGCCGAACCAGAUCAACUGCUCCAACCUCAUCGAGGGCCGCCAGUACGAGUUCCGCGUCGUCGCGCAGAACGAGGCCGGCGCGUCGCCGCCCAGCACCGCCAGCCAACAGGUCAAGGUCGUCGAUCCCAAAGCCGCCACGCCACCAGAGAUAGUGAAGCCACUGAAGAACGCCAACUGCAUCCAGUACCACAACGCCAAGUUCCAGUGCACCAUCACCGGGUCACCCAGACCCACCAUCACUUGGUACAAGGGUGCUCGUGAGAUAACGAACGGACCGCGGUACCGCAUCUGGAGCGAGGGCGACAACCACUACCUGACCGUCAACGACGUGUUCGGCGAGGACGCCGAUGAAUACGUCUGCAGGGCCGUCAACAAGGCAGGAGUCAAGAGCACCAGGGCUGAACUACUUAUUAUGACCGCCCCGAAACUGAACGUGCCACCUCGGUUCCGCGUCACCGCCUACUUCGACAAGGGCGAGAACGUAGUCGUCAAGAUUCCCUUCACCGGUCACCCAAUACCCAAAAUCACUUGGGUUCGAGAGGGAGAGACCAUCGAGUCUGGACUCCACUACCACGUGGAGAGGAAAGAACGUCACGCCAUCCUGACCAUCCGCGACGCGAGCAAGAUCGACUCUGGUCCUUACAGGAUCACGGCAGAGAAUGAGCUGGGACAGGACACGGCCAUCAUCAACAUCGAGAUCAGCGAUCGGCCGGACCCACCGCGCUUCCCAGCGGUGGACAGCAUCGGCGUGGACUCGCUGGCGCUGAGCUGGCGCGCCCCGGUGUGGGACGGCGGCUCCGACAUCACCAACUACCUGGUCGAGAAGCGAGAGCACCCCAUGACCAGCUGGAUCAGGGUCGGGAAUACCAGGUUCACGACAAUGGCUAUAACCGGUCUGGUCCCGGGCAAGCAGUACGAGUUCAGGGUCUACGCUGAGAACAUAUACGGCCGGUCGGACCCCAGCGAGCCCACCUCGCUCGUGCAGACCAAGGCGAUCGUUAAAAAGGAACUCAAGAAGAAGGAAUACCCGGUGGACGAAUCAGGCAAACGCAUCCGCACGAACGCAGACCACGGCCCCGUCAAGGACUACGAUAGCUACGUGUUCGACAUCUACAGCAAGUACGUGCCGCAGCCCGUGGACAUCAACACGUGCUCGGUUUACGACAAAUACGACAUACUAGAAGAGAUUGGCACAGGCGCGUUCGGCGUGGUGCACCGCUGCCGCGAGCGCGCCACCGGCAACAUCUUCGCGGCCAAGUUCAUCCCGGUCGCCGGGGCCAUGGAGAAGGAGCUCAUCAAGAAGGAAAUCGACAUCAUGAACCAGCUGCACCACAGGAAGCUGAUCAACUUGCACGACGCCUUCGAGGACGAUGACGAGAUGGUGCUCAUAUUCGAGUUCCUGUCCGGCGGCGAGUUGUUCGAGCGCAUAACGGAGCCCGGCUACAACAUGAGUGAGGCGGAGGCCGCGCACUACAUGAGGCAGAUCUGCGAGGGCGUGAGGCACAUGCACGAGCAGAACAUCAUACACCUCGACCUCAAGCCCGAGAACGUCAUGUGCCAGACCAGGACCGGAACCGACGUUAAGAUCAUCGACUUCGGAUUAGCGACGAAGCUGGACCCGAACGAAGUGGUGAAGAUCUCGACUGGAACCGCAGAGUUCGCCGCUCCGGAGAUCGUAGAGAGGGAACCGGUCGGCUUCUACACGGACAUGUGGGCCGUGGGAGUACUGGCCUAUGUGCUAUUAUCCGGACUGUCGCCAUUCGCCGGCAACAACGACAUUGACACGCUCAAAAACGUGAAGGCUUGCGACUGGGAGUUCGACGAGGAAGCCUUCCAGCACGUCUCCGACGACGCCAAGGACUUCAUCAGGAGGCUACUCAUUAAGAACAAGGAAAAACGUAUGACCGCCCACGAGUGCUUGGUUCACAAGUGGCUGGCCGGAGAUGCAGCCUCGAGUCGCACCGCCACCAUCGAGGCGAGGAGAUACGAAGCCAUGAGGAACAGGCUCCGGGAGAGAUACGAGAACUGGUCGUCAUUCAAGCUGCCGAUCGGCAGACUCAGCGAGUACAGCUCGCUCAGGAAACUCCUCAUCGAGAAAUGGAAGAUAUACGACGGACAGUUCGACCGUCGGCAGGCGGCGCCGCGCUUCGUGAUCAAGCCGCAGUCUGCGUUCUGCUACGAGGGCCAGUCCGUGAAGCUGUACUGCCGCAUCAUCGCGUGCGCCACGCCCACCGUCACCUGGUCCCGGAACAACCACGAGCUGCGCCAGUCCGUCAAGUUCAUGAAGAGAUACGCCGGCGACGAUUAUUACUUCAUCAUAAACCGCGCCAAGCUGGAGGAUCGCGGCGAGUACAUCAUCAGGGCGGAGAACCACUACGGCUUCAGGGAGGAAGUGGUAUUCCUGAAUGUGCAACCCGUGCCCAAAGUCCAGCGCACGCACGUGUCGGAGGCCCCGCGGCGCCGCGAGCCGCUGCCCUACACGUUCUGGCAGGAGACCAGCGAGACGGCGCCCGCCUUCACCUUCCAGCUGCGGCCGCGCGUCAUGCAGGCGCGCGACACCUGCAAGCUGCUGUGCUGCCUCAGCGGCAAGCCCACGCCCACCGUCAAGUGGUACAAGGACAAACGCGAGCUGUCGAAGUACGACUACGCGAUGGCGCACUCGGACGGCGUUGUGACCAUGGAGAUCAUAGACUGUCGGCCCGAGGACAGCGGCAAGUACACGUGCGUCGCCACCAACGUGCACGGCACCGACGAGACCUCGUGCGUCGUUAUCGUUGAAGGCGAGGUGACGUCACCUGAGCAACAGCGGAUGGUGCACAACUUCCUGCACUCCGGCGACCGGAGGUACAUCGAGAAGCCGCUGAAGCCCGCCCCGCCGCCCAUCAUCACCAAGACGAAGGUGACGAUAGACCCUCCAUCGAAGACGGGUCCUCGUCCGAAGUACUCCCCCCAGAGCUCCGUGGACGCGAAGAAGAAGUACGGAUCCAGACUCGACUCGGACGCGUCGUCGCGGUCCAGAAGCGCCACCAAGGAACUGAUAAUGCCGGCGGCGGACUCGUCGAUGUGCGCGCCCACGUUCGCCCGCAGCCUGCCCGCCACGCUGUGCGCGCGCGACGCGGCGCCGCUGCUGCUGUCGUGCGCCGUGCGCGGCGACCCCGAGCCCGCCGUGCGCUGGUACAAGGACGCGAGCCCGCUGCACUCCUCAGAGGUCGUGGACUUGAAAUACAAGAACGGCGUAGCGUCGCUGGCCAUCAACGAGGUGUUCCCUGAGGAUGAAGGGGUGUACUCCCUGAAGGCCACCAACAGCCAGGGAGAGGUGGAGACCAAAUGUAUAGUUACAGUUAAACCAAUGGACACGAGCGCCGGCAGCGCGGCACUGAAGGCCGGAGACAAGCCCCCGAGGAUAGUCGACCACGCCGUCUCGCAGGUCGUCAACGACGGCGACCCGGUCACGCUGUCCUGCAGGAUUGUGGGAGCCGAACGCUUCGAUGUCGUCUGGCUGCACAACAACAAGGAGAUCAAACCGUCCAAAGACUUCCAGUACUCGAGCGAGGCGAACAUACACAAGCUGCACAUCGCCGAAAUAUUCCCAGAGGAUGCCGGCACAUACACGUGCGAGGCGUUCAACGACGCCGGCGAGUCGUUCUCGUCGUGCUCGGUGGUGGUGCGCGUGCCGGGCGAGGCGCCCCCCGCCCCGCACUACGUGGCCUUCCCCGCCUCGCUCACCGUCAACGCGACCGAGCCCGCCGUCUUCACCGCAGAGCUGGACAAGCCACCGCUCCAGCUUCAGUGGCUGAAGGACGGCAAGCCGGUGGACGAGAGUUCGCCCCGGUACCGGUUCAGCAUGGAGGGCGAGGCGCGGUACCGCCUCGAGCUGGUGGGCGCCGCCCAGGGGGACGCCGGCCAGUACCAGGCCCGGGCCGUCGGCUCCAAGGGAGAUGCGCUCGCAUCGUUCUAUCUCAACGUCACCGACCACUAGCCCAUGACAUUGACAACCACAUUGACAUUGACAGAAGCGAAACGACGCGACAAGCGAACACAGGCGACAUCUAGUGAGCGCCCGUGUCGAAACACCCCCCUAUAUAAUAACUGGAAACGAAUAAUACGUACGCUAAAUAAACGAUUUUAUACAAUUCGGAGUAAAAGUGUGUAAAGGUUUUUUAUUUAAUUUAAAAAAAAAACAUAUUUAUUUUAAUGUUUAAGCGAUCGUCCCUAGCGACGCGAAGGGCGAUUUAUUUAUUUUGUUUUAUAUACGUCCUCCUCUAACAGAAGCUUCUCAUUAAAAGCUUGAAUAAUUAAAGCUGCCACGUACGGAUCGCGGUCGGCCCGUUCCGGUUGUCCCGGUACAUCCUCACCGCCACCUGAUGGUGUACCGGGAUCGCCGCGACGGGCGGCUCAUCGAACUAAACUAAAU